GCGUCUAAUCCCCCUUAGUCGGCUAUUGCUCUUUUAUGCCUACACUAUGACGCUUCCUUGCGCACAGUCCUUCUUUUCCCGAUAUGCAUCUGCCGAGGAUACAUUUUUUUAAUUACGCAGUAUAGCCGACCUCGAACCUCGAACCUCUCUCCUUGAUCCCCCUCGACCACCACUCGUUCUCGCGCACGAAUCACGCUCGCCCAUCAUGCUGUCUCGAAGCAUAGUUGCCGUCUCCCGCAUGGCGCCGAUGCGCCAUUUGCGCCCAUCCCCCGUCUUCCGCCAGGGCCUCCCGAGCUUGGUCCGGUGGUAUGCGGACAAGAUCAUCCAGGUCCCGCCCAUGGCCGAGUCCAUAUCCGAGGGAACUCUGAAGCAGUUUUCCAAAUCCGUUGGCGACUACGUUGAGCAGGAUGAGGAGAUUGCCACCAUUGAGACGGACAAGAUCGACGUCGCCGUCAACGCAACAGAAGCCGGAGUCAUCAAGGAGUUUUUCGUCAAGGAGGAGGACACCGUGACGGUUGGCCAGGACUUGGUCCGUGUCGAGACUGGCGCCGAGAAGCCGGCGUCGUCAGGAGAGCAGGAGAAGCCCAAGGAGGAGUCGAAACCCCCUGUUGAGUCCGAGUCAAAACCGGCGGAACCAGAGCAGCCAAAGUCACAGCCCGAGCCGAGCAAGAGCGAGAAGCCUUCUCCUCCGCCCCAGCCCAAGGAGAAGCCCGCCGAGAAGCCCCAGAAGAAGAGCGAGCCCGAGCCUGCUGCGGCAUCGUCAUCUACCCCGGCACCUGGAAACCGCGAAGAGCGUCGGGUGAAAAUGAACCGUAUGCGACUUCGUAUUGCCGAGCGUCUCAAGCAGUCUCAGAACACGGCUGCGUCACUGACGACGUUCAACGAGGUGGACAUGUCUAACAUUAUGGAGUUCCGCAAGCUCUACAAGGAGGAGAUUCUCAAGAAGACUGGAGUGAAGCUGGGCUUCAUGAGCGCCUUCUCGCGCGCUGCGGUGCUGGCGAUGCGCGACAUCCCCGCCGUCAAUGCGUCCAUUGAGGGCCCCAACGGCGGAGACACCAUUGUGUACCGCGAUUACGUCGACAUCAGCGUCGCCGUUGCCACGGAGAAGGGUCUGGUUACCCCCGUUGUGCGCAAUGUUGAGUCGAUGGACAUGAUCAACAUUGAGAAGGCUAUUGCCGAGAUGGGCAAGAAGGCUCGCGACGGCAAGCUCACGAUUGAGGAUAUGGCUGGCGGUACCUUCACCAUCAGCAACGGCGGCGUGUUCGGUUCCCUCAUGGGUACCCCCAUCAUCAACCUGCCCCAGAGCGCCGUCCUGGGUCUCCACGCCGUCAAGGAUCGCGCCGUGGCCGUCAACGGAAAGGUGGAGGUCCGGCCCAUGAUGUACCUGGCCCUGACGUACGACCACCGUCUGCUCGAUGGAAGGGAAGCCGUCCAGUUCCUGGUCAAGAUCAAGGAGUACAUCGAGGACCCCAGGAAAAUGCUGUUGUAGGAGCUUUCACGAGCAUCACCUGUAGAUGGGCUGUAAGCUUCAUGAUUAGAAUGUACGAAGUAGUAGUAGCUGUUAAUAAAGAGCGUGGGACAUUCAA